GUGCGCCCUGCGGGCCGGCAUGGAGGAGCGCGGCGAUGCCGAGCCGACCGCCGGCUGCAGCAGUCUGGGCCCGGGCGGCGUUCGCAGCGGCGGCGGCGCUCCGUCGUGGGCCCCUGAGGACGCCUGGAUGGGCACCCACCCUAAGUACUUAGAAAUGAUGGAAUUAGAUAUAGGAGAUGCCACCCAAGUCUAUAUAGCAUUCUUGGUUUACCUGGACCUCAUGGAGAGUAAAAGUUGGCAUGAAGUAAGCUGUGUGGGAUUACCAGAACUCCAGCUCAUCUGCCUUGUUGGUACAGAGCUAGAAGAGGAAGGGUUACAGACUGUGGUGCCUGUACCCAUCACUGCUUCCCUCAGCCAUAACAGGAUAAGGGAGAUCUUGAAGGCAUCUCGAAAAUUGCAAGGUGAUCCAGAUUUGCCAAUGUCUUUUACUUUGGCCAUCGUGGAAUCUGAUUCUACAAUAGUCUAUUAUAAACUUACGGAUGGAUUUAUGCUGCCAGACCCUCAGAAUAUUUCCCUUAGAAGAUGACAUCUGUGCUUCCUGAUGCUUAUUUUAUUCGUUCAAGAUUGAAUUUGAGACCUGUCAGCCUGCUUCAUCUUUUAUCUCAGAGGUAGUCAGGGUUGACUUAGGUUGACUAGUCAGGGUUGACUUAGGUAGUCAGGAUUGACUUUCCCAUCCCAUAAAUUUUCUUCAGAAAGAAUAAAACUUCCCCAGAUAGAAGAUUUUUUUGUUGCUGUUCAAGAAUAUAGUCAGUCUAGAACUCUCUUAUCUGGAGACAGUUUAAUUACAGUUGUGUACAGUUUUAUGCCUAGGAUGUACUCAGAGAGGUGGAACCCAUGUGCUGCUUCUGUCAUCCCACACUCAUAGCUGCACUUUUGUUCAUUGCUAGCUCCAUGUUGUGACUGCCACCUCUUUCAUUUACUCAACUCUCCCAGUGCUUUUUGGCCAUUACAGAUAGCUUGGAAUGGCGUUUCAUAUAUGCCUUGACACCUGAGAGAUUACUUCUAUUUGCCUUUUUAUCCCUAGUAGGAAGUAAAAGAUUUCUUUCAGUUGGUUUUCCUAUUGCGGUUACUGUUACUUCCCUCUUUGGUUGACUUUAAAUCAAAACUAAAAAUAUGCUUAUCUGGUGUAUAAACAUUCAUGUCUAGAUUAGUAGGGACCAGGCCAGUGCUACCUACGAAAGUACUGGGGCUUCCUUUCCACUCUUGUCACCACUCUUCUUAUUAUGUCUUAGGAUAUGUCGAAAUAUUGCAAGAGAGGUACAGUAUGGGACAGUAUCAACCUUAAUAACAUUUUUUAUUAAUUAAACCCAGUUAUUCCAUUUAUAUUAAUAUCUACCAAUUGUCCAAAGUGAAAAAUUAUACACACAAAGAUGUUCCAGCUGGUAUUACUUUAUAAUAGCCUAAAUUAUAAAUUACUUAAAAGUUCAAGAGAGGGGUCAGCAAACUUUUUCUGUAAAGGGUCAGAAAGUAAAUAUUUUAGCCUUUGCAGACCAUACUGUCUCUGUAACAACUUCUCAGCACUGCUAUUGGUAGCACAAAAGCAGCCAUAGACAAUAUGGAAACAAGUGCUCAUAGCUGCGUUUUAAUAAGACUUUACAAAUGCAGGGCCAUAGUUUGCCAUCCCCUGGUAUGGGGAAUAGUCAAUAAAUAGAUAUAUAUGAAUAGUACAUUUUGUACUCAUUAAAAAUUAGUAAUGAAUAUUAUGAAAAACAUGAGAAAAUGUGAUAGUAAGUAAAAAAAUGCAAGAUACCAAAGUAUAUGAGUGGGUGUGAUCAUAACACCCCAAGUAUAAUAAGAUGGCAAAGUAGAUCAAAUCACUAACUGUGGUUAUAGUGGGAUGGCAGGGCAGUAAAUGGAUGACAUGUCCUCUCCUCAGUAUUUCAGUUUUUCUUUAUUUGUAUUACUUUUAUAAUAAAAACAUUUUAAAAUAAAAAAA